CACUAAACACUUGAAUCAUCUUUCGCUUGCAUAUAGUUAGUCUAUGGUUUUGUCGUGAUGACCAAUGGUUGUGUGCAAUUAUUUUGGUGAUUUCUCAAUUUUUAUUUGAAGAUUUGCAGACGAAAAAUGUCUGAACAAGUGCUGGGCCAAGAGACCUGGCCGCAGGAGGCGGAGGCCGCCAUCAACGACAUCCGCAAACACGUCAAGACUGCCAACAUAUCACCUACUGUCCAGAGCAGCAACCAAAGGAUCUACAUCAACCUGACCACACUGGAAGACAGUGAUUACUGCGUCGAGAUGUCCGCGUCCGGUUUCCGGGUCGUCGGCAGAAAAUACGACGACAUCAGCCUCUCCACCAUAGAGAAUAUGAACUACGAAACGCCAUACGCAUUGCUCAACAGCAUAAGUCAGAAAUACCGCGAGUCUUUCGGUGGCGAGCUGAUGAACAAACUCCUCGACUUGGCGAAGAGCACCGAAGGCUGAAUCUAUUCCAUACUAGCGCUCUUUUGGUAAUGUUUACACUGUAGACAGAGAAAAUUAUAGACAACGUCAUAUAUUUCGUUUCGCUCAUACAAGAAAGAGAAUCGCGUAGAAUUACACAAAACGGGACAGUGUUAAUAUAUUUGCCCCUGUAGGUUUUACAACGCCUAUCCAAUGGUACAUAAGUUGUAUGGAAAUGUUCUAUCUCAUGUGGCUACGCUAGUUGUCUUUAGUUUUCUUUGUCUUUGGUUUACACAUUCGCUGCGGUCACACGUCGAAGGACCAAAAGGGAUUUCAAGGUCGUAUGAAUUUCACUGUUAUUAUUUAUAUUUUUGUGUUUUCCGCAGCGAACGUGUUGAUGGGCAAUUAACAAAUAUAAUGGUAAUUAAAAAAAUACUGAUUAUCAUAUAAUUGAAUGUUAUAUUUGCGUUCUAUAGUUGGUGAAAGCUACCAGCUUGAGUUUAUUAGACGUAGGCAUGUAGCCAUGUAAUUGAUCAGUAUUCUAAUGUGCUAUAACUGUUGCUAUUAAGUUGAGUCUGGGCGUUACAGAACUUGGACGUUGAUUGUACAUUGUAUUGGAAAGUAUACUUGUUUAAAAAUAGCCAAAAGUCUUCUAUUUUACUCGCCUACAUUGAAAAAGGGGGUAAAUCAUUAUGCCCGUAGCCCCUUUUUAUAAGUUCAUAAUACGUGACAUACUACAUAAUAACAAGGAUUUUCUUGUUAAUAUACAACUGUGGCGCUAGGGGCUUCGGCAUGCGCGUAGGAAGAGUGAUCCGUGCCCCCCCUUAAAAUUCUCUAGAUACGCCCAUGGGCAUUGGUUUAACUCGUCAUAUAUAUGCGAAUGGGGCGGAUAAUAGGGUUUGUAAAUGUAAUUUAUUGAUCUUGAUUAAAUGUUAUGAAGUUCGUGGCUGGUAUUGAUAUUUAGAAUCAAUAUGUUUUGUCGAAUCGGAAUAUAAUUCUUAGGAGAAAUUUGCGCGAUAGAUGCGUUAUGAGCAGAGAUGGUUUGUACCCAGGCAAUGCAGUUUAUGCACAGGCGUUAACCCGUCUCUUGUUAGCAAUUAACUUUUAGGCUGGAUUGCCGAGUUUUAGAAAUAACCCAAUUCCGUUACAAACUAAAUGUUUUCAGAAUAAAAGAGUGACAUUACCCCUAUACAGUGUUUGUCCCCCAUAUAUACCUGUUUAUAGGUAUUCAUUACUUCCAUGAUUUGUUCGUCAAUUUCGCCUAUGGGUCCAUUUUUUGUAAGAUCUCGUUAGGCCUAAGUUUGUGUCAAAUUUUGAGUGGACUGUCAAGUCUUAAUUUAUGUAAAUGGCAAAAUUAUGUUUAACGCGCUUAUAUAACCGCAAGUUGUAUUAAAAAUUUCGUAUAUGAUGCUAAUUAUUGUUGAUAGCUGUAAUUCCCACAGAGCGAAGUCCUAAAGCGCAGCUAAUACAAUACAAUUAAAAUAAAUGGAUUCGUAUCGAUUCUUUUGAUUUGUGGUUGUUUUACUCAACUUCCAUGGUGUUUUUUGGUUUUUUGUUUCCAUACGAACAAAAAAGAACACAAUGGGCCAGCUGCUUCUCACGCUCAGAUUGUAAAAGUCAAUCAAAGGAAUUGGUCAUAAACUAAAGAUUCCUCUCAUAGGCGAGGGGCUAGCAACGUGUGGAAUCUCGUCCACCAAUAAGCCCAAUAUACAGCUAAACAUUGCUCCAGGUUUCGAGACUCUGUUGUCAGUAAUGUUUUAUUUGUAUCCGAUGCCGGCUACACACUAUCGGCGAACACAGCCAAAUGAUGAUUAAUGGACGAACAUUGCAUUAAUUUAAAACCGUUUAAUUAAAAACCGGCAUGUAUGCAGUUUUUCUAGUUUAGUCAAUUGUUAGUCGAUCGUGUUCAGCCGGUACGAAAGGUUCUUGCCGUUACAGGGAUGCCAACUUGCACAUUGAAAACUAUCUUUACUCGUAAUGCUACAAAAUUAGAUAAUUAAGCUUUGGAACUGUUUUGAAUAUGCGACUCCUAUGUAUUUUCGUGUCAUAGCUUCCCGUCGUCGGUUGCAAUAAUAUAUAGCUUACGAUGGCGCACAGUACAAGAAUAGACUGAGUACAAAUAUGUAUUUAUACGUAGAUAUACACCUAAUGUAAUGAAUGUGUUGUGAUAGUAAAUUUGAUUUAUCAUA